AUGUCUCGUUUGAUUGUCAAGGGACUUCCAAAAUAUCUCACGGAGGAGAGGCUAAAAGAGCAUUUCUCCAAAAAUGGAAACGUAUCUGAUGUUAAGCUCAUGAAGAAAAGAAACGGUGAAUCCAGACAAUUUGCUUUCAUCGGAUACAAAUCUCAAGAUGAUGCAGAGAGUGCCGUCAAAUACUUCAACCAGUCGUUCAUUGACACGGCCAAAAUCGAGGUCCAAGUCGCUAAAACUUUUUCUGACCCUACCGUUCCACAGGCAGUCAGACAGAAGAGAAGAUUGGCCGAGCAGAGGUUGAGAGAGCAAGAGGAGAGACUUUUGCGUGAAAAGGAGCAGGCACUCGAAAGAAAGAGACAGAAAACAGACAAAAAGUCGAAACUCGAUCAGGAGAUCGCAGCCAACCCAAAGUUGAAGGAGUUUAUAGAUUCCAUGAAGCCAUCUUCUCAGACCCAGUCUUGGGCUAACGAUUCGUUGGCAGAUGGAUCUGGUGGCCCUUCUGCUCAAGCUUUGGAGCAGGCAUUGGCCCAAGAGGACAAAAAGGAGAAGGAUACAUCACUUGACGAGCAGUAUUCUGUUCCACAAGGUGUGGAGAGAGACAGUGAUGAUGAGUAUGAUGAAUUUCAGCAGAAUGAAGAGAGCGAGGAUGAACCCAUGAUGAGCUUGACAGAAACUAAAACAAACAAUGAAGCUGAAGUCGAUAGUUCAGAGCCAACUGAUGACUUAGCCAAGGAUGAAAACGUUUCAGAUCUUGAUUGGCUCAAGCAGAGAAGAAUACGAAUGAAGGAAAACGAGACUCAGGACAAUGAAGAAAUUAAGCAAACGAGAGUUGAAACUCAAUCUGAAGAAAGCAAUACUCAGCUUUCCUAUCAGAAUAAGCCAAGAAAAGCUGUUGUCAGACCAGAGCCAGUCGAUCCCGAGAAGGUAACCGCAGACAAGAUCUUGCAGACUGGGCGUUUAUUCAUUCGUAACAUCUUGUACGACUCCACUGAGGAUGAUUUCCGUGACCUCUUCUCAACUUACGGACCGCUUCUGGAGGUUCAUGUUGCCGUGGACACGAGAACUGGUAAGUCUAAGGGAUUUGUUUAUGUCCAAUUCGAGAACAACAGUGAUGCUGUAUCUGCCUACAUUGCCUUGGACAAACAGAUUUUCCAAGGUAGACUUUUGCAUAUAUUGGCCGGUGAGGUCAAGAAAGACCACAAGCUCGACGAGUUUGCCUUGAAGAAUUUGCCUCUCAAAAAGCAAAGAGAACUUAAGAAAAAGGCUCUGGCCAACAAGGGACAAUUUAAUUGGAACUCCCUCUACAUGAACAACGAUGCAGUUCUCGACUCUGUCGCUGCCAAAAUGGGUAUCACCAAAGCUCAAUUAAUCGAUCCUCAAAACUCUGCUUCUGCUGUCAAACAAGCAUUGGCUGAAGCACAUGUGAUAGGUGACGUCAGAAAAUACUUUGAGGACAGAGGAGUUGACUUGACUACAUUCAAUCACAAGGAACGUGAUGACAAGAUCAUUUUGGUCAAGAACUUUCCAUUCGGCACCACGAGCGACGAGAUUGGCGAGCUCUUUUCGGAGUACGGAUCGCUAAAGAGAAUUUUGAUGCCUCCAGCUGGAACCAUCGCCAUUGUGGAAUUCAGAGAUCUGCCCGGCGCCCGUGCAGCUUUCACCAAGUUAGCGUACAGAAUGUUCAAGAAGAGCAUUUUGUAUUUGGAGAAAGGACCUAAGGACUUGUUUGUUCGUGAACCAGUGGCUGGUGAGAAUGUCGAUCUCGAGAAGUCAACCGACAAAGCUGUCGAGGCGAAAAUCACUGCUAGCGAUGUCAUGGAUGAUGGCGCUACUGGUCUGGAUGACGAGAUGGUGGAGGAGGGUCCGACAGUUUCCAUCUUCGUGAAGAACCUCAAUUUCGCAACCACCAGCGCACAUUUGAGUGAGGUAUUUGCUAAGAUUCCAGGAUUUGUGGUCGCAACUGUCAAGACAAAGCCUGACCCCAAGAACGCUGGUGGUGUGCUAUCCAUGGGUUUUGGAUUUGCGGAGUUUAAGUCUAAGGACCAGGCAGAGUUGGCCAUUACUACUUUGGAUGGACAUGCAAUUGAUGGACACCGUAUCCAAUUGAAGUUAUCUCACAGAAAGGCAGGAGGAAAGUCGCUGGCAUCCAAAUCAGAGAAGACCAACAAGAUUAUCAUCAAGAACUUGCCAUUUGAGGCAGCCAGAAGAGAUGUGUUGGAGUUGUUCGGUGCUUAUGGUCAGAUCAAGUCCGUCAGAGUUCCCAAGAAGUUCGACAAGUCUGCCAGAGGUUUUGCAUUUGUUGAGUUCACCUUGUUAAAGGAGGCAGAGAACGCCAUGAACCAGUUGCAGGGUGUACACUUAUUGGGAAGACGGUUGGUUAUGCAAUAUGCUGAAAAGGAUUCUGACAAUGUUGAAGAUGAGAUUGAGAAGAUGACACAGAAGGUAAGAAAGCAAGCCGCCUCUAGGGAAAUGGCAGCAGUGAGGAUGGCAGGAAAGGGAAAGAUGAAUCUUGACGAAGAGAACGAGGAUCCUUUCAGUGAGUUUUAA